AUGUCUCGCCAGUCCGUCUGCAGGAGCUUCGGAGGGGGGAGCCGGAGGGGCUUCAGCUCCUGCUCUGCCAUAGGCGGGGGCUUCGGGGGCGGUGGGCGCAGCCGGAGCAGCUACAGCUCCUACUCCGUGUCCAGGGGCUUCGGGGCCGGCGGGCGCUGCGGCGGCUUCGGCAGCAGGAGCCUCCACGGGCUGGGGAGCAGCGCCAGGAUAUCCGGGGGGGGCUGCUACGGGGGCAGGAUGGGCGGCUUCGGCGGCGGCUACGGGGGGCUCGGCAGCUUCGGGGGCGGGAUGGGCGGCGGAGGAGGAGGAGUGUGCGGCUUCGGAGGGAUGGGAGGCGGCGGAGGAAUAGGGGGCUUCGGUGCUGGGGUGGGCGGCUACGGCGGUGGCUAUGGAGGAGGAGGAGGAGGAGGAGGAGGGAUGGGCGGCUUCGGCGGCGGGAUGAGCUGCGGAGGGAUGGGAAUGGGAAUGGGAAUGGGGGGCUUUGGUGGCGGCGUGGGCGGCGCCGGAGGGAUGGGGGGCUUUGGUGGCGGGAUGGGAGGAGGGGGAAUGGGCGGCUUUGGCGGCCCCGGGUUCCCCGGCCCCGGGAUCCAGCCCGUGCAAGUCGACCCCAGCCUGCUCCGGCCCGUCCACGUGGAGAUCGACCCCCAGAUCCAGCAGGUGAAAACCCAGGAGAAGGAGCAGAUCAAGACCCUCAACAACCAGUUCGCCUCCUUCAUCGACAAGGUCCGGUUCCUGGAGCAGCAGAACAAGGUCCUCUCCACCAAGUGGGAGCUGCUGCAGCAGCAGGGGCCGGUGGGGCCGAGGAAGAACCUGGAUGUGAUCUUUGAGAACUACAUCCAGAACCUGAGGAGGCGGUUGGACAACCUGCUGGGGCAGCGGGGGCAGCUGGAGUCGGAGCUGCAGAACAUGCGGCAGUACGUGGAGGAGUACAAGAGCAAGUACGAGGAGGAGAUCAACCGGCGCACGGCGGCCGAGAACGAGUUCGUGGUGCUGAAGAAGGACGUGGACUGUGCCUACAUGACCAAGGUGGAGCUGGAGGCCAAGGUGGGAGCUCUGACGGACGAAAUCAACUUCCUGAGGUGCAUCUACGAGGAGGAGCUGGCCCAGAUGCAGACCAUCAGCCGGGACCUGUCCGUGGUGGUGUCCAUGGACAACAACCGGCACCUGGACCUGGACAGCAUCAUCGAGGAGGUGCGGCGCCAGUACGAGCAGAUCGCCCAGAGCAGCCGCGCCGAGGCCGAGGCCUGGUACCAGAGCAGGUACGAGGAGCUGCAGAGCACGGCCGGGCGCCACGGGGACAACCUGCGGAACACCAAGAUCGAGAUCCAGGAGCUGACCAGGAACGUGCAGAGGCUGCGGACGGAGAUCGAGAACGUGAAGAAGCAGAACCACCACCUGCAGUCGGCCAUCGCCGAGGCCGAGGAGAGGGGCGAGCUGGCCCUCAAGGACGCCCGCAGGAAGCUGGAGGAGCUGGAAUGUGCCCUGAGCAAGGACAAGGAGGAGCUGGCCCGGCUGCUGAAGGAGUACCAGGAGCUGCUGAACAUCAAGAUCGCGCUGGACGUGGAGAUCGCCAUGUACAGGAAGCUGCUGGAGGGGGAGGAGAACAGGUGA